ACUGAGGCAACACCACCCAAACCAGCAUUCUCUUUUAUCACGCCAAAACCUGCGGCUACUCCAGUAUCAUCGGAGUCCAAACCUGCGACCUCUAUUUUUUCUGGUGUGAAGCAAACGGAAAACAUAUUUGCAAAGACUCCGGAAUCGAAGACCACCAUCAAGAAAGAACAAGGUCAUGGAGAUGGUCAUGAUGAAGAGGAGCAUGAACAUGUUGAUGAAUUUGAGCCGCAAGUUGAUUUUAAGCCUGUGUGCCCUCUCCCGGAGCUUGUGAAAGUAGUUACUGGUGAAGAAGAUGAGAAGGUGCUGUUUGAAGAACGUUGUAAAUUAUAUCGUUUUGCUGAUGAAACAAAGGAAUGGAAGGAACGUGGUACAGGGACGAUGAAAGUGCUGGAGAAUCCCAAGACCAACAAGUUCCGCAUUGUGAUGCGCAGAGAACAAGUGCAUAAAGUCUGUGCAAAUCAUCAACUCUUGCCGGGAAUGACCAUCCAGCAGAUGCCUCGUCAAGAAAAAGCAAUGAUGUGGUACUGCGAAGAUUUCUCGGAAGAGGAAAAGACCCACGAAAAGCUCUCUGCACGUUUUGCCAGCGUUGAAAUUGCUAAUAAGUUCAAGGAUGUCUUUGAAAAUGCUGUCAAGAAAGCAGGACAUGGCACCCCUGUCAAACCCACAGUGAAAUCGGAAUCUAGUAAGCCUGAUGAAAAAACGAAAGAAAAGGAAGAGGAAACAAGCAAAGGCGAUUCAAAGACUACCGAAGUGAAAGCAGAUGAGAAGAAGAGCGACACUGCAGCAGCUCCCGUAACGCAGAAAGGCUAUGGUGAU